AUGGACAUCAUAGUAAAGGCAAACAGGGAAUCAGGAAUAUUGGAGAAUCUGCUCGAAGGAGACAUUGUUGGACAGCCAUCGGUAUACAGAGAGAAAAGGAACGCUAUUCGUGUCAGUUUAUGGAAAUGGAAAAAUAACGUGAUUCCAUACACUAUUGAAAAGAAUGGAAUCAGUAACUAUGGUCUCAGUGUUAUUCAGUCGGCAAUAGACCAGUACAACAAUGACCAGUCUUGUUUAAAGUGGAGACCGAGGACCAAUGAGGAGGACUAUGUCGUCAUCAGGGAUGGAGCAGGAUGCUAUUCGUCUAUUGGUCGGGACACUGGUCCUCAGAACCUCGUUCUUGGUUCGACCUGCUACUACAAAGGCGUUAUUCUGCACGAGAUGAACCAUGCUGCUGGAUUCUUCCACGAACAAAGUCGAUAUGAUCGUGACGAUUAUAUUCUAGUCAACUGGGAGAAUGUGCAAGAUGGUAAAACUAGAGAUUUUACCAAACAGCAAAAGAACAUAAUGGAUACCUUUGGAACCAUUUAUGACUAUGGCAGUAUUAUGCAUUAUGGUGCAACGACCUUUUCUAAAAAUGGAAGCCCGACAUUAGUGGCAAAAUUUAACACUCGCGGAACUAUGGGUCAGCGAUCUGGAUUUAGUGAAAUGGACAUCUGGAAGAUCAAGAAGUUGUAUGGAUGUGAGAAUGGGGAUCCGCCCUUGCCAGAAUGGAAACAACCAGAUCAAACUACUUCUACUACCAGUACUACUGAAGAAGCAACAACUUCCGAUCAUGUGACACAUUCUCAGGUAACGACAAGCCCAUCUUCCAUUUCAACGUCAUCAACAUUGAUUAGUACGUUACCAACUACAACACAAGAAUUUACAUCAACAACACCAGUAACUACAACAAAAAAGCCUUGUCCUGAAGAAUCAAAACUUCCAAGUGGUAUACCAGGAAAGGUUCAAGAUUUUCAGGUUGUUUUAAUCGAGAACACACUAAGAGUGUUCUGGUCACCUCCGUGUACAAGUGUUCCUUUAAGCGGCUAUCUAUUGACGAUAAGGAACAGUCUGCAACAUUCAACAAUUACAAUUGCUCCGAAUCGUCAAACACACUAUAUCUACACAGCAAAUCACCCCGGUGGCCGAUAUGAAAUGACUGUGACAGCUUUGUCACAGAACGGAAGAGGAGAAACCUCGGCCCCGAUAUCCGCAAUUUCCGCAUGUGGGUACGAUAUUGUUCUCCCUCCAAAUGGAACCAUUAGUUCCCUUCACUCGCCAUAUUUCCUGAAUGAGUAUUACGAACCCGAUGUCGCUUGUCAGUGGAAUGUUAGGGCAUCAGUGGGUCAAAGGUUGAAAAUACAUUUCGAUGCUAUAAAUUUGUCAGAUAACACGUCAGCAUGUACGGAAGAAUACGUCAUGAUAAACGAUGACCGUUUCUGCAAAAAGCCUCCACCUGGCGGAUAUUACAUAACAAAAGAAAGAGAUGCCAAGAUAAUUUUCAGGUCCUCUUUUGGAAGUGCUAAUAAACAUGGCGGAUUUAAUAUAUCCAUUGCAGCUAUAGAUACAGCACCUUCAAUAAAACAAGUGAUUAAUUCGGCGGGAUUGAUAGGAUUGGCCUGGGACUCCCCAGAAAAUUCAAAGAACUCGUCAUACAAUUCCGUCUUCAAAUACAGAGUACUACCAGACAUGGAUCAAGAAGUACUCAAGUUAGGACCCAGUGUAGGCAAGUUCAUAUUUCCCACAGGUCGCAAUAUAGGUAGACAGUAUGAACUGGAGUUAUCGACCCUCAUAGAAGAAGAGGAAGGAAGACCUCUGAAGCUCACUCUAAGAUCUGAUUGCGGUCAUAAUGUGACGGUGGAUCAUCCAGGCAGGAUUCACAAUCCACCAUCAUUUGGUAUCUAUCAACCUGAUGUAGUCUGUGAAUGGUAUUUUACUACAUUUCAAAGACAACACUUCCGAUUGAGUAUUUCGACUUUGGACUUGGAAUCGUCACUAAAUUGUGAAAAUGAUUUCUUGGAAAUUAAUUCACAGAAGUAUUGUGAUGUUACACAUAUACCUGGAAGUGCGCAUGCGCUGAAAUUUAAUGACACUGUCAAGGUUGUUUUCCGUUCCAAUGGUUUAUUACAGAGAAGAGGAUUUUCACUGCAAUACGAACCGGCAUGAGAUCUCCUAUCCUUGUUUUCCUAACGAAAAAGAGACUUUAAUUACAUGUAUGUUGUAACGGUUGUUUUAAUGAUUAAAA